UGGAUUUCUAGUUAUAUGGGUGCUGUGAAAUAUUAUGGACAAGGAUUUGCAAGUGAAACUUCAAUAAGAUUUGGAAACUCAAGAAUAUUAAAACAUCGAGCCUUCAGCUUCCAGAAAGAAUUUUCAUUUGACAAUGAAGAUUUAACAAAGGUUACCAAGGAAAUUGAUGCUAAUCUUUUGGCUGUGCUUCCUAAAGUAUCCGAACUAAGGAAACGAUUUGAACCUGUAAGCCAAGGAACUUUGGAAAUGAACAGAAAGGAGAGAAUUGCCAGGCGUUUGGAAGGUAUUGAUAAUGAAACCCAGCCCGUUCUGCUACAAAGCUGUGCUGGUCUGGUCACGCAUCGCCUGCUAGAAGAAGACGACACUCCGAGGUACACCCGGGCCUCUGACCCUUGCAGCCCUUGCACAGCUAGAAGGUUCAGUAAAGAAGAAAUGGAGAUCCAGGAAACUCAAGAUGUUUCAGCUGUAAGGCAGUAUCCCCCCAGAAGCUGUCAAGAUCCUCCGUGCGUACUUACAGAAUCGACUCCAAACUCCGCCUCCACGGACACAACAACGGUGGACUCAAAGGCAGAGCGCAUUGCCAGAUACAAAGCGGAACGCAGACGCCAGCUCGCCGAAAAAUAUGGCAUCUCUUUGGACCACGAGCCAGACACCGAUUACUUGCCCAAGUAUUCUCGAAUGCGUAAGCUGGAUUCUUCAGAAAAAUGUUCAAUGGCACUUCCCAAAUCUGAAGAAGAAAGUAAAGAUGUAAAUUUGAGAUACAGUACCAAAGAAGAUGGCGGCAUCAUCGGGGAACUGCAGAGUGGGCUGAUCGAAACAAAGGUGUCCGGCUAUCAAGCCAAGUCCGUUGACCCUGCAGAAAGAGAGAGGAUAAUGAAUCUGGAGAACUAUAGGAGGGCACAGGAUGCCAAAGCGAUGUCGCACGAGCAGCUCUCCUCGCGGAAUGUCGCUGGUGAGGUUCACAGUAAAGGCUUCUCAUUCUCUGAAGUGCCGGAUUCUCCUAGUCAAGGUCGUAGGUCAUCUUUGCCCACUCCAAAGCAGUUCAUUUCACCAGGGGACCUGUUUAUUGAGCAGCAGGCUCAUAACAUUCUCAACAGGCAAAGCCUCGUGGUAAAACCAAAGAGCGACUGGUGUCUCCAGAAAGAUUCGGAAGGCGAGACCCCUUCUCUUAUCAGCUGGCCCUCCAGAAUUAAAGUUAGAGAGAGACUGCUGAAACAGGAAGGAUUUCCAGAAAGUUCUGCCUUGCGAUCUGAUCUCGUUCCACUCAGGAGGUCUCCACAGGUGUCUGUGCCUGUUCAUUCGGAACCUUCAGCCAUUGAUAGGGUAGCAGCGGUAUAUUCAAGUGCAGCUCCUCUCCCAUCUUAUGGUUAUAUUGACUGCUCCAGCAACUCCUAUAGUGCCCAAUUUGCAAGAGUGGGAGGGUUGGAGAACAACGUCAUUCAAGAGAAGGCAAAAGUUAUGGACAUUGUGGAGAAAGAGUCGGUGCAGCCCAUUUCCAGCUGCAGCCAUGGAACAGUGAAAGAUGACACCUCGCCAGUUAAAACAGAAUGCCUCUUAAAGAGCAGAAAGGCCGUUUUGCCUUCUGAAAUACGCCGGAGGGCAAGAACUCAGGAGGAGCUUCCAAGGGAGGUGGAACACGUUUCCAAGACUGCAGAUUUGGAAGUCAAGCACGACCUCCAUGAGAGAAGACACUCAAAGACUAAAGAGCCUCUCUUAACAUCCCAGGGGCACGACUCGAUGGACGGCUCGGUGGAAACCCCUGCAAAAAUGGACCCUCAGAAAAGCUCCGUGUUACCUCGGGAGAAACCAAAUCGACAAGGUCGAGAAGGGUCCUCCUUGAGACCCAAAAUUCUGACGCGAUCCAUGUCCGAUUUUGGGAUUGCCCCAAGGGUGGCAGUCUUCAGAAGAUUGGAAAUGGCUUCCAAGAAGCAGCCUUCCCUUCAGAAUACCGUGGGUCGAACGGCCAGUGUUGACCUAGACACGAGAGUUUCUGUUGCUCAGCUCCGACAUGCAUACCUGGAAACUGCUAGUUCCAGCAAGAAACAAGAUAUGGAAGCUGAGGUAGAGCUGGCAACCACAGGUCUUGAUUUGGCUACCACAGUCGAACCGGAAAAGGGGGCUCGGCGAUCAAGACGCUAUAUUUCUCCUGGGGAAAGUAGAAAGACUUCUGAAAGGUUUAGGACCCAGCCUAUUACUUCGGCAGAGCGCCUGGAAAUGGAUAGAUCAUGCCUGAGUCCUGAAAUGCAGAGCAAUGAAGUUGAUGAAGAAAAACUGGAUGAAAGGGCCAAGCUGAGUGUAGCAGCCAAAAGGUCACUUUUUCGGGAAUUGGAAAAAAGUAUGGAUGCCUCAUCGGCGCCUAAGCCCAGGUCUCGUAACGCUGCUGUGGAGAGACGUUUACGGCGUGCACAAGAUCGUUCUCGUACACAGCCUGUAACUACGGAAGAAGUUGUUAUUGCUGCCACUGUGCCAUCUGCUGCGUCUCAUACCGUGACUGUCCUCACAACAGUGGCAAGAAUCCCCAGCCCUACUGUAGUAAGCUCCUGCGCCACUCAAAUCAGUUUACAGGCAUCGCAGCAGAGUGCUUUGCCAAGAGAAAAACCGGCGGCCAACGACUCCAAACCAUCAAGAGGCGAUCCAGAGUCUGAAGAGCCAGACUUAUCAACCCUUAGCCUGGCAGAAAAGAUGGCACUUUUUAACCGUUUGUCUCAACCUGCCACAAAGCAAGUUUCCAGGACCCGAAGUGAUUUACGGCAAAGACGGGCAAAUGCCCGAUACCAGACUCAACCCAUAACGCUUGGAGAAGUCGAACAGGAACAAGUGCCCAGUGAUCCACACUCUGUGGCUAGUGGCUCUUCAGUGACUGUGAACAGGUGUAUCGCUCAAUUACAAAAUGGGGAAGGGAAGAUUGCCCCCCUCUCUCCGUCUGUUGUCAAGUCUGUGGCAGCAGUAGCUCAGGCGGCAUCGGUGUCUACAAGUGCAGCUGGUGAGCUACACUUUGGGAAGUGCACACAAUCAACAGAGGAUUCAUUUUUCUCUUCUCAUGGGCCAAAAUACCCGAGCACUACAGCCAGUGUUGACACAUUCACGAAGAACAUAACUCCAGAGCUUGACCUAUCACCUUUGAACUCGGAGCAGCAGCCUCUGCUGGAGAUCAAAGAGCCGUUUCAAAGCCGCUCAUUUUCUGAGCAGCAGGAAGAAGACCUCCAAGCAGGAAAACAGGAAAGCAGUACCAUCAACGAUAGAAGACAGCUUGGCUCCCCCCAAAGUCAUGGCCGGCAGGAGAUCCCUGUGGAGUCGGCUGGAGGUGACCUGGGCAGUGUGGAUCUGAGGCACAGCGUUCCGAGCAGAUGCAGCCGGGAGCAGCUCAGCCCAGAGAUCUGGCAAACGGCUGAGCUACGGAGUUUUUACAAGGAGGACAACGCCUUGGUGCAGGAGACGAGGGGAAUUGUAAAAGAGAAGCGUCCUUCGCUGGACUUGUAUGGCUCGGAGAAUAUUUUUCCAUCUUAUGCCACUGGAUCAGAGUGCUUGGAAUCGAACCUUCUAUCCAGUGCGGCUCCUGCAGCUGGGAGGAGUAUCUGCGUUACGUCAACAGCACAAAACGUUACACUGACUGAAGAUUUGGACAACGGCAACCCAAAAGAGUUCAUCACUGCCAAAGAAAGCCAAGUGGAGAAGGGUGACGACCUGCCGGAUAUCAUGUCCACUAAACAGCUGUCCAUCAAAGAAAGGCUGGCCUUGCUUAAAAAGAGUGGGGAAGAAGACUGGAGAAAUAGAAUUAACAAGAAACAGCAAGAUAUGAAAGUGUCGAUUUCGGAGCGCCAUUCACAGACGUUGGAGGUAGAGCAGACCUUCAAAAAAAAGGACGACGGAGUGAUUAUUGAUGGCGGUGCAUUUUCUAAUCGGCUCUGGGAACCUGUCUAUGCUACCACUUUCUCUCCUGCUAUUCCUUUUGGCAAUGAGUGGCACUAUGUUGUACCUUAUAACCAGGUUAGCCCUCCUAAUGUUAGAGUGUCCAGUCCAUUAUCUGUUGAUGAGCGUCAUCCUUGGCGUUGGAAGGUGACCAGAGAAAAAAUGGGAGAAGACCUUGACUCUCAGAUAUCAAUUGAAGAAAGGAAGCAGCAAAUAUCUGCAAGAGAGGAAGCCUGGAAAAUUCGUGGCAAAGGAGCAGCAAACGACUCAGUCCAGUUUACAGUGGCAGGGAGAAUGGUUAAAAAAGGAUUGGCCUCUCCAUCUUUGAUCAGUCCUGUCAUAUCCCCUGUCUCCUCGAGGAUAAAAACCACCACACCUGCAGUUUCUAAACCUCAGGAAGACAUUGAAGCCAGACCAGAUAUGCCAUUAGAAAGUGACCGAAAACUUGAUAAACUUGAGUCUUUCUUGGGGAGAUUAAACAGCAGAGUGGCGGGAAUGCAAGAGACAGUUUUAACAGUAACAGAAAAGAAAGUGAAGGAAGUGAUGAAGUUGGACGAUGAAGAAACAUUUGCAAAGUUCUACCGGCACAUACAGCAUUUUCCACACCUGUCUGGUGCAGAGAUUCAGAGAGAUGACUUUGAUGCCAUUUUUGAUCCUUCAUCUCCAAAGCUCAUCUCUGCUGUAACGGAACAUAAAAGAGCAGUGAGGCCUACUCGAAACGUUCAGUCAUCUAAGAACCCUCUGAAGCUGCUAGCUGCGAGAGAAGAUAUCCGUCACGAAUACACCGAGCAGAGAUUAAACAUCGCCUUUAUGGAGUCGAAAAGAAUGAAAGCAGAAAAACUGGUCAAGAAUUCUGGUUUCUCUGAUGUAGCAUUAGCUGGCCUAGCGAGUAAAGAGAAUUUUAGCAGCGUCAGCUUGAGAAGUGUAAAUAUGACUGAACAAAUGUCAAACAACAGUGCGGUGCCAUAUAAAAAACUAAUGCUGCUUCAAGUUAAAGGGCGCAGGCACAUACAGACAAGACUGGUUGAACCUAGAGCGUCGUCUCUGAACAGUGGGGAUUGUUUCUUACUGGUAACACCACAUCACUGCUUCAUAUGGGUUGGAGAAUUCGCUAACGUCAUUGAAAAAGCAAAGGCUUCUGAACUGGCAACAUUCAUCCAGACUAAAAGGGAUUUGGGAUGUCGAUCCCCUUACAUACAGACCAUCGAGGAAGGGAUUAAUACACACAGUCAUGCAGCCAGAGAGUUCUGGAAGUUGCUUGGUGGACAGUCCAAUUACCAAGCGGCUGGAACCCCUGAAGAAGAUGAGCUCUAUGAAAGUGCAAUAGUAGAAACCAACUGUAUCUACCGCCUUGUAGAUGAUAAGCUUGUCCCUGAUGAUGAUUUCUGGGGAAAAAUUCCACGGUGCUCAUUGUUGGAUUCCAAAGAAGUCAUGGUUUUUGAUUUUGGCAGUGAAGUGUAUGUGUGGCACGGAAAGGAAGUCACCCUGUCACAAAGGAAGAUUGCAUUUCAGCUAGCGAAGCAUUUGUGGAAUGGAACCUUUGACUACACCAACUGUGACAUCAAUCCGCUUGAUCCUGGAGAAUGCAACCCACUUAUACCAAGAAAAGGUCAAGGACGUCCGGAUUGGGCGAUCUUUGGCAGACUAACAGAACACAAUGAAACAACGUUGUUUAAGGAGAAGUUCCUGGACUGGAUGGAAUCAAAGAAGUCUGUUCAAAAAAAUGGAAGUGACCACCACACUGAGCAGAAACUCGAGCAUCACGGACAUGAAUUUAAGCCGUAUGAUGCUGCUUUAAUGCUCCGCGUGGCCGACACUUCCACAGGCACGAUGUUGGAUGGUAUGGAUGUCGGACGUGGAUAUGGCUUUGUCGAAGGUGAAGACAGAAGACAGUUUGAGAUUGGCACCCUCUCUGUGGAUGUAUGGCACAUCCUAGAGUUUGAUUACAGCCGCUUACCAAAGCAGAGUAUCGGCCAGUUUCACGAAGGAGAUACGUAUGUGGUGAAAUGGAAGUAUAUGAUCAGCACUGCAGUGGGCAGAAGGCAGAAGGCUGAACAGGUUCGGAGCAGUGGUGCCGGGAAGGAGAAGUGUGCCUACUUCUUCUGGCAGGGCCGCAACUCAACUGUGAGCGAGAAAGGGACCUCUGCACUCAUGACUGUAGAGUUGGACGAAGAGAGGGGAGCCCAGGUUCAGGUUCAGCAGGGGAAGGAGCCCCCUUGUUUUCUGCAGUGUUUUAAUGGAGGGAUGAUUGUACAUUCUGGUAAAAGGGAAGAGGAAGAAGAAAAUGCACAGAGUGAUUGGAGACUCUACUGUGUGCGUGGAGAGGUUCCCGUUGAAGGGAACUUGCUGGAGGUAGCCUGUCACUGUAGUAGUCUGCGGUCCAGAACGUCCAUGAUCCUUCUCAACGUGAACAAAGUGAUCAUCUAUUUGUGGCAUGGCUGCAAGGCACAAUCACACACACAGGAUGUUGGGCGGACAGCAGCCAACAAGAUAAAAGAACAAUGUCCUCUAGAAGCUGGUUUGCAUAGUAGCAGCAAGGUGACGAUACACGAAUGUGAUGAAGGAUCCGAGCCGAUUGGCUUCUGGGAAGCUUUGGGGAGGAGAGACCGAAAAGCGUACGACUGCAUGUUACAAGAUCCGGGAAAAUUCAACUUCACCCCAAGGCUCUUCCGUUUCAGUAGCUGUUCGGGCGAGUUCCUCGCUGCAGAGUAUCUCUAUCACUCUAGAGUGCCAGAGCUUGUCAACUCUUUGCCAUUUUUACAGGAAGAUCUCUAUUCUGCCCCACAACCUGCACUGUUUCUCGUGGACAAUCAUCACGAAGUUUACCUCUGGCAGGGAUGGUGGCCUUCCGAUACUGAAAAUGCUGGCUCGGCUCGAAUGCGAUGGGAUGCAGACAGAAAGUGUGCCAUGGAGACAGUUUUACAGUACUGUAAAGCAAAGAACUCAAAGAAACCACCAAAAUCCUAUUUAAUUCACGCCGGAUUGGAGCCGCUGACAUUCACCAAUAUGUUUCCCAGCUGGGAGCACAGGGAAGACAUUGCGGAAAUCACAGAGAGAGUGAUGGAGGCAGAUGUGUGCAGCCAAAUUAUCCUGGUGGAAGAUGUCUUGGCUCGGCUGUGUAAGAGAAUUUACCCACUGGAGGAGCUGCUGGCCAGGCCUCUCCCAGAAGGGGUUGAUCCACUGAACCUGGAGCUGUACCUGUCAGAUGAAGACUUUGAGGGGCAGCUCCUUGGGAAGAAAGCAUUAGAAAUGACGAGAGAGGAAUUUGAAGGGCUUCCCUCCUGGAAACAGGGGAACCUGAAGAAAGCCAAAGGCCUUUUCUGAAGCUCAACAGCUGCCUGAGAAAAUUGGACUCUUGCUUUGACCGAUUUUGGGGGACCCCUUGCGAGACAUCUGGACGAGUGGUCUUGUGGGUUGAGUGCCAGUCUACCCAAGUAAAAGGAAGCCCUUGGAACUUUUACGGUCUCCAUGUUUGCGUCUCCUGACUGUCUACGAGACCCAGCAUAUUCUGAGUGUGUGAUGAUUUUUAUUUUUUAAUUUCCCCCCCGUCCCCCCCAACCCUUUCGUUUUCAAGUUCAGAAAUUCAGAUGCACUUACAGGUAGCGGUUGUCCUUCAUGCUGCUGCUAUAAUACAUUACCUGGUCACAUAACUGCCAAUCAGUUUUGAUAUGGUUAUCUUUGUAAAGUGUUAUUUUUGUGUGUUUAGUGCAUAAUAAAGAAUUUAUAUUUAUAUAAACACAUUAUAGUAAUCAUAAUGUACAAUCCUAUGUAGUCACUUUAAAAGGUUUGUGUCAUAAAGCUAUAUUGAUAAUUGUAGAAAAUUGAAAUGCUUCAAAUAAGGAUUGAAACCUGCCAUGGACGGCUCACGCACGUUCUGAACUCUCUCCGAUAUCCGAGCUCACUUUACUUGUUUCUACAAUGGUGUCGGUUCAGUGGGAGGAAACUACUUUCUAUAAAAACUAAAAUAAUGUAUAGUGCCUUGUUUUUUUUUUGUGUACAGUUUAUAUACAGAGAGAUAAUAGUCUGCAUUUUGAUGACAGAAUGUCAGCAGUUUAAUAUACUUUAAUACAUUUAGAAGAGAGAAGAAGCCAUCAUGGUUGAGAUGCUGUAUAACAACUUUUGUGAUAAAGGAGUUAGAAAAAUAAAGAUGCAAAUUGAAAUGGA